AUGGCUGGUGUUGCCAAUAAGUUGGUGACGAUGCUCUUGGUCUGCGCCUUGGUGGUUGCACCUAUGACGCCGGUGGAUGCUACUCUGAGCUGCGGGCAAGUGGUGGGCAAUCUUUCUCCAUGCCUCAACUACCUGAAGAACGGUGGCCCCGUCCCGGCCCCAUGCUGCAACGGGGUGAGGUCCCUCGCUGGCUCUGCCAAGACCGCCCCUGACCGCCGGCAGGCUUGCCAGUGCUUGAAAACUGCCGCCGGUGGAAUCUCCGGCUUGAAGGAGAACUAUGCUGCGGCCUUACCCGCUGCAUGCAGAGUCACUAUUCCUUACAAGAUCAGCACCAAGACCAACUGCAACGCGUACGUGUAA